AUGGCAGCGAAUGAAUCAGCUCCCGUGCAUUAUGCCAUGCUUCUUUACCCGGGCUUCCAAGCCUUGGAUGCUUUCGGACCACUCGACAUCCUCAACAUCGUAGCUCUGGAGAAGGAGAUAAAGCUAUCCCUCAUCGGCCCAACCAUGGACCCUGUCAGUACAAAGUCACCGAUCCCAAACACCUACUCCACCAGCUCAACCUCCUACCAAUCUGUGGUCCCAACGCAUACAUACGACGCUCCGCCAGAGGACAUCGACGUCAUCAUCGUCCCGGGGGGGGUUGGCUCGAGACACGAAACCAUCAAGCCCACGGUCCAAUUCCUGGCCGAGAGAUACCCACGCGUCCGUUAUCUACUUACCGUCUGCACAGGCUCGUAUGUAGCUGCACAGUCAGGCAUCCUUGAUGGCAAGAAGGCAACAACGAACAAAAUCAGAUAUGAUGCCGUGGUAGCGAAGGCUCCCAAGGUGAACUGGGUGCGGCAGGCGCGGUGGGUUGUGGAUGGCAAUAUUUGGACAUCCUCCGGUGUUAGUGCGGGGAUGGAUGAGAUGUUGGCGUUUGUGCAGGAAAUCUAUGGGAGAGAGUUGGCGGUGAAGGUUGCGACCGUUAUGGAGUAUAAUUGGCAUGAAGAUUCGACGGUGGAUCCGUUUGCGGAGUCACCCUUGGUGAAGAGAUUGCUUGCGAAAACACAUGCGGUUGUAUAUUAUGAUAUUCGAUUGGGAUAA